AUGCAAGACUUUCUUUGGUUUAGCGCUUCUGCAUUGUACGACCUGAUCAUCAAGUGGCCUGUAUCUUUCGUCGUUACCCCUGACUUCGUGCCUUUCAUAAUAGUGCAAAAAACGGCUCCAGUUAUUUGUGGACCGCUUGCAAAUCUCUCCAAUCAAUCGCUAACCCAAGGUGAGGUUCCGUCUCGGUGGUUCCUUUGUUACACCCAUUUUGAAGAAGGAGCCAUCAUCCAGUCCCGAAAAUUAUCACUCUUCAAGAAAGUGCUGAGAAACCAGAUCAAUCGUCAUAUCCAUCUCAAUCAUAUCAUCUCCAAUCAUCAACAUGGAGUUGUUCCUGGUCGCUCUGUUGAGUGUCUGAAUGACUGGACUGAAACCCUUUAUAAUAAGACUAAGAGUCGGGUUCCAUCCUGUUCUCAGAAAGUGGAUAUCAGAAUAUCUUUUCGGCAGGACCUUCUAGGUCCAAAGUUGACCAGUCCUACUGCAAUGUUUAGACAGGUGCUAAGUGGAGUACCCCAAGUAUAUGCUGACGACUUGAAAAUUUAUAAGACGAUCUCGCAUGAUACGGACUAUCUGGUCGUGCAAAAGGCCAUAGAUGUAACAGUCGACUGGUCCAAGAAAUGGCAGUUGCCUAUAGCUCCACAGAAAACAGUUUACAUGAAACUCGACUCCGGCAACCUCUAA